AUGGACUUUCUUGAUUAUCAAACCUAUGCUCUAGAUGAUACCACAACAAAUGAUACACAGCUCCCAGAACCGGCGAGCAGAAUAAGUUUUCAGUCGCAGCCAUCCUUCACGGAACCUGAUAAAACCUUCCAAUUGCCUAGCUUAAAAAGUUAUAAUACCACAAGCGAGGAUAAUGCGACGCUUCAAGAGAGAAUGCAAAGAUAUGCGUCUCUAUCACUGGAGCGAUUGUCUUUGUCAAGCACCUCUCAAUAUACCAAUACAGAGUUGCCCACCAAUUCAAAUGGAACUUUACCAAGAAAUGACAAUUUAAAGCAAUUGCUACAAAGCAGGGAAACCGCUGCAAAUAAUGCAGAUACUUUACUUUCCAAAAAACUCUCUCACGUUUUGGACAAUUACAACCGGGGUGCUGCAUUGCCAGACGUUCAAUUAAGGAAUUCUUUCAAGGUUCUUGAAGAUAAUGAAGAGUGUCUCAAUUUCAAGAGUCAAACGCUUGUUCGACCCGAUUUUGUGGGAUCUCUAGCUAGAAAAUCUCUGCGAAGUGAUCUUGAAAACGAAUUGCUGCGAUCCCACUUAACCAUUAUCGAAGACAUUAAGCCGAUUGUUAGACGUAUAAAAAGGCUCUCUGAACCUAUAAAAUCCAUACAAGAAUUGGGUGCGGGUCUCCUGCAAAAAGGAGAUCUAAAGGAGGAUGGUUCGAAUUUAAAUAUGAACAAGCUACAUGAUCUACGGCAAAAAGUUUUACAGUUGCAACUUCAAAAACAACUACUAGUGAUAAUUCGUGACAAGCUUACGCUCACUCAAGUAGAAGAAGAAGUUCUUGUUAGUGCACCCAUGGAUGUCGAAUUUUUCGCAGUAGUGAAUAAACUAAUGAAUAUAAAGGAAGCAUCGUCCUACCUUCUUUCUCUUCAAAAUCCGAAAGCAGGACAAACUCUGUUGAAUCAAACUAAUCUGAAAAUUGAAAAUGCUAACAAACGGAUUUACAACUAUCUCGUCAAUUUUUUUUACGACCUGCAGUCUGCUUCGAGGACGUUUGGCGAGCGUACGUUCGCGUCCGAUGACCGAUUCCUUCUUACAUUUCAAAAAAGUAUGGUGUACUUAUCCAAUGAUCUUACUCUUUUCAAUGAGGUCUUGAAGAAAAUUGUCAAGCUUAGAUCGCAAAGAAUUUUGGAUGAAUUUUUGUCACAAUUUGAUAUCGAUCCCUCGCUUAAGUCUAGACCAAUAAUCAUGUCAGCUCACGACCCUUUACGGUACCUGGGCGACGUUCUUGCACACGUUCACUCGCUUAUUGUCGAUGAGGCCGAUUUCAUGGACUCCAUGUUCAAAUUUAAGAGUUUAGACAUACAGGGUACGCCAAAGUCGGUUCUUCAAAAAAACAGCGAGUUUUUAGAUGGCCUGGGUGUAAACCUACUAAAUGAAACCUUCAAACCUUCUGAGAACUCUAUAAGAAUAAGGUUAGAGCAAAUUAUUAGGUUUGAGGAUAACCCAGUCAUCAACUUAGAGAUAUGUGAGCUGUUGAAGCUAUAUCAAAUGAUGUUCAUCAAGUAUGGAAUUAUGCCAACUUCUUCUCUUAUACAACAGCUAAUAGUCCUGAAAGAAACGUCCAAAAAUAAAAUCCUUUCUGGAUUGAUAAAGCUCAUGGAAACUUCUGAACCAGAGGGGAAAGCAGGAAUGGAGCUGCUUCCCCCUUAUUGGCUAUCAAGCUACAUGGCAAAUCUAUGUGAUUUUUUUGCCAAGUUGGAAAAGAGCGGGAACCCUGAUGGGCCGGAUAAGUUGUUGGAUUCAAACUUUAUGGAUGAAGCCGUGAGCCGAUUAGUAAAUGAGAAGCUUGUACAUUACCAUCAAACCAGAUUUCCCCUGGCAAAGAAAAACAAACACGAAAAAGUUCUUUUAUUGGUUUCCGAAAUCAAUUGUCUAGACCUAAUCCUGACAAGAUUAUCGCCUUUUAAAAACACUGUUUUGGAAAGCGAUGAUUGCAAGCAAGUUUACAAUAGGAUUAAUCAACAACUAGACCAUUCGAUUAAAAACUUAGUCGCGUUACAGACAACUUUGUCACUGGACAAGCUAGGAUUGGGACUCUAUAGCAAUCUGUUCAACAUGAUCUUUCCCGUUGAAUCUGUUCAGGAUGAGCUAGACUAUGACAUGUAUUUACCAGUCUCGGAAAAUCCCAUUAUGAAGAAGGAAACAAUUGCCUCAAAUGUGCACGACAAGCUCAAUGAGUGUCUGCCGGAGUUGUCGAGUGAUAUACAGGACAAUUUGGUGUUUAAUGUUGUUUCACCAAAAAUAGCGGAGCAAAUUUCCCAAGCUUGUCUAAUGGAGGUGUCAAGAUUUUACACAGUCUUUAGACAAACACUAUUUCACUUGUACCCUGAUUUUGUGGAAGAUAUAUCCACGACUUUGAAUUUUACUGAGUCAGAGUUCAAUACUUUGGUUGGUUUAGAAUAA